AUGGCCUUUGUCCUGCCCACUUCUGCUGAACUCAAGAGCUUGUCCGAUGCGUGCAACCGCCUCUGGGAACUCGACGAAAACCGCCUCAACCCGAACGAACACUACCAGAUCAACUUGCAACGUGGCAAGAGCCCGUACCAAACUGGCGACGUCGCCCCAGACAACCUCUUCACGUAUGUCAACGCGGAAGUGUUCAACAAGAAAACGUUCAAGUUGUUCACGGCAUUGCUCGACAACUACGAGCGCGGUACUGGUGUGGCAGAAACCGUGACCCGCGAAGAGCUCAAGGAGAACGAAGAGUUCAUUGACGCGAUCGCUGAAACCAAAGUGAUCAAAUACGCGCAUGCAUGGUUGGAAAAGAACGGCAAGUUCAAAGGCGACCUGCGUGCGUUCAAGCGCAAGAUGCACGACAUUUGGUUCGGUCUGUACCGCCGCGAAGUUGCCAAUGACAGUUCUGGGUUCGAACAUGUCUUCAUCGGAGAAGUCAAGGACGGCCAAGUGUCGGGGUUCCACAACUGGAUCCAAAUGUACUUGGAAGAGAAAGCGGGUCGUCUCGACUACUUGGGGUACAUCAAGCCCAAGCAACGUGGACGAUCGACGUUGGAGCCCGACGAGUACGAACAACUCGUGACCAUCCAAUUCGCGUGGGAAAAAGAAACCAAGCCUGUCUCGACCAGCUUGAUCGGCGUGAGCCCGGAAUUCGAAAUGGCCUUGUACACGCUGUGCUUUUUAAACGGCGAAGAAGCGAACGAAGUGCAAUUGGGGCCCUACCGCGCCAUUAUCAAGUGCUUCUCCAUCGGGCGUGGCGACCGCGCCAAGAUUGGAUCGUCGUUCCCUGAUGCGUGCCCCCUGACCGAAGAACAAGCAGCGACGAAAAUUCAAGCCCAAUUCCGAGGCUUGAAGGCACGUUCAAACACUCCUGUCCCAACCCCCAUCUCGACAGCGCGUCAGCCCCCUCGUCCGGCUGGCAACCCAUGGGGACAACCUGCUGCAGCUGCGCCCGCCCCGGCUGCUCCCACGUCCCGCCCUGCCGGCAACCCUUGGGGAACCAAGUCUCUCCAAGAGUCGUUGCCGGGAAAUGCCCCUUAG